CAAUAAUAGGAAGAAAUGGCAAACAAGUUUUCCAUACUUAUCCUCUGUCUUGCUUUAGUAGUGGUUCAUACCACAGCAUCAAGAGACGUGCCAAGUGAUAAUGGUCUUUCUAACCAAAAGAAUGUUUACGGAGGCGCUGGAGGUAUCGGUGGCAUUGGAAGCAAUGGAUUGCCUUUUGGUGGAGUUUUUAGUGGAGUAGGUGGGAAUGUUGGUGGAUUUGGUGCUGGAAUUGGUGGUGGAGCUGGAUUUGGUGGAGGAAUGGGGGGUGGUGGACUAGGUAGUCUAGGAGGACUAGGUGGUGUUGGUGGCGGUGUUGGUGGUGGUGCUGGUGGUGGUGCAGGAAGUCUUCCACUUCCAUAAAGCAGAUUAUUCAUCAUGUAUCUAAAGUUUUAGUCUUAUCUUUAUUAGUUCAAGUUUGUUUCAUGCAUGUCGAGUUUGCUAGCUACUAGUGUGAGAAAAGAGUGAUUUUGUUUUUCUUUUUUUGGUUGUUGAUGUUUGGAUUUAUUCAUAUUUGUAAUGUUACGUGAUUUUUCCCAUGUU